AUCUCAUUAUUUAGUACCACUUAAAAUGCGAAUGUAGCGUUGCCUCAUCGAAGUCAACCAUUUCCUUAUGGACACCUAAAUUGAACUGUCAACUUAGAUCUAUUCCUCACUACUAUUGUCUAGAUAAUGUUGGACCCAUUCAGAGGCUAGGGAUUUGUAUGGCAUGAUGGGCGGUAAGAUAUACGAGGUCGGUUUUCUGUUUGCAAGGGCAGGGAGCCUAGAUCAUAUGUCUAUGCCGAUGGAUAUUAUGCAGUUGCGGCUACCGUAUAAGGAGAGAGAGAGAGAGAGAUGUGUCAAUAUGAUUGUGCCUAAGAAGGAGCAUGAGGUUAUUAAACAUGCUCUAGACUGUCUGCCUUGGACUUCGAUGGGGUGGAGUAUACAUUGGGGAAUGAGAGAUAUCCUGCUUGCUUAUGCAAAGCCGGUGUUAGACUCGUAUCGUGGUCAGCUUGCGGCGUUGCUGAAGAAGACUGUUAGGGAUAAGCCGUAUUUGAUGGAUAAGAGGGGAUGGGAUCCCCAGUUUGUGAGGCAUAAUAUGGGGGACAUGGCCGCAUCGGCAGUAUUAGCUGGGGAGGGUAACUCGGGGGACCUUGUGCGGAUCGUCACGGAUAUUGCGCGGGCACUUGUUGAAGACUGGGACAUGGCCCAGAUCGAUGAGGUUUACUUCUGGAGACGCCCUGAUUUGAAACGACAGCUCGAUAUUGCUGGUGUGAUUGCUUUGAUAAAGGUGUUCGUGGUUGAGUGGAGUACUGAGUUUGACUAUCAGAUGUAUCAUGAUCUUCCUAUGUCACUAUGUUAA